GAGCUUGUGUUGGGGCCUGUUGUUGAACACUAAGCCUUUCAAGAUGGUCCUCCUCAGUAUUCUUAGAAUUCUUUUUCUUUGUGAACUGGUGCUUUUCAGGGAACACAGGGCCCAAAUGGCAGAAGGAGGGCAGUCCUCUAUUGCUCUCCUGGCUGAGGCCCCUACCUUGCCCCUAAUUGAGGAGCUGCUAGAAGAAUCCCCUGGCAAACAGCCAAGGAAGCCCCGGCUCCUAGGGCAUUCACUGCGGUACAUGCUGGAGUUGUAUCAGCGUUCAGCUGACUCUCAUGGGCACCCUAGAGAGAAUCGCACCAUUGGGGCUACCAUGGUGAGGCUGGUGAAGCCCUUGACCAAUGUGGCAAGGCCUCGCAGAGGUACCUGGCAUAUACAGAUCCUGGGCUUUCCUCUCAGACCAAACCGAGGACUAUACCAACUAGUUAGAGCCACUGUGGUUUACCGCCAUCAUCUCCAACUAACUCGCUUCAAUCUCUCCUGCCAUGUGGAGCCCUGGGUGCAGAAAAGCCCAACCAACCACUUCCCUUCCUCAGAAGGAGAUUCCUCAAAACCUUCCCUGAUGUCUAAUGCUUGGAAAGAGAUGGAUAUCACACAACUUGUUCAGCAAAGGUUCUGGAAUAACAAGGGACACAGGAUCCUACGACUCCGUUUUAUGUGUCAGCAGCAAAAAGAUAGUGGUGGUCUUGAGCUCUGGCAUGGCACUUCAUCCUUGGACACUGCCUUCUUGUUACUCUAUUUUAAUGAUACUCAUAAAAGCAUUCAGAAGGCUAAAUUUCUUCCCAGGGGCAUGGAGGAGUUCAUGGAAAGGGAAUCUCUUCUCCGGAGAACCCGACAAGCAGAUGGUAUCUCAGCUGAGGUUACUGCCUCUUCCUCAAAACACAGUGGGCCUGAAAAUAACCAGUGUUCCCUCCAUCCUUUCCAAGUCAGCUUCCGCCAGCUGGGUUGGGAUCACUGGAUCAUUGCUCCCCCUUUCUACACCCCAAACUACUGUAAAGGAACUUGUCUCCGAGUACUACGCGAUGGUCUCAAUUCCCCCAAUCACGCCAUUAUUCAGAACCUUAUCAAUCAGUUGGUGGACCAGAGUGUCCCCCGGCCCUCCUGUGUCCCGUAUAAGUAUGUUCCAAUUAGUGUCCUUAUGAUUGAGGCAAAUGGGAGUAUUUUGUACAAGGAGUAUGAGGGUAUGGUUGCUGAGUCUUGUACAUGCAGGUGACAGCAACAGUACAGCUAGAUCAGGUUUCCCAGGA